AAGAAGAAAAGAAAAAAAUCAUUUUUCCCUACGGGAAGGGUAUAAUUAGGAUACAAUCGUUUCUGCAAGAGCACAAAUUCGCUUGGAAGGCGUCAACGCGAAUCGUAUGCCGAGAACAGUGACUAACACUUCAAUUACUAUCAUUAUUCGAAACCUGAGAUAAGAGAACCAGUCAAGGUCAGGCCCAAGGUCAUUUUCUGGACCGGGCUCCAACUGGGCUGAGCCGCAGCAGAACUGUACCCCACCCCAAGUUCCAUGAACGUGUUUUACAGGAUUGGAGUCCACCUCGGUAGCUGUCAUGGUCACAGAUCACAUCCCUUCUGGUUAAGUCCAGGAGAAUCUAGAAAUACGGAAGGCAACCAGGCCAGAAGGCGUUGUAACUUCCUAAGAUUGUCCAACCUCAAAGUGGGAGGCGUGACACCCGUCUACCAUUGGCCAGUGCCGUACUGGGCGGUUCGGUAGCUGCGACGGUUUCCCAUAGGCUGGCACAGAAAGGGGCGAGGCAACAAGAGUGCAGCGUUACCAAUCGGCAUGCGGGACGUAACGCAAUUCUUUUUUUCGAUUGGCCCGUGAAGCUCGGGCGGUCACUGGAGAUCGACCUUGGUCUAGAACGCCUGCCUUUUAUUCGUCAAUACGCUUCGGGGCGGGCAAUGUGGCGCUCCGAGGCUGCCUGCGAUUGGUGGACGCGGCGCGGCUCAGGGCGGACCUGCGGACUGAAGAUCCCUAUGCAUUGGUCGGGACGCCGGAGGGGCGGGCAAUUUGGGAUCGACUGUGACUCGCGACUGGUCGGCGCGGCGGUAGCUGAGCGGCGCGCGGAUUCCUUGGCUACCGAGGGCUAUGGCGCGGGGUGGCUGGCGCCGGCUGCGCCGCCUGUUAUCCGCGGGGCAGCUUCUAUUCCAGGGCCGCGCGCUGCUGGUCACCAACACGCUGGGCUGCGGCGCGCUCAUGGCGGUCGGUGAUGGCAUACGCCAGUCAUGGGAGAUCCGUGCCCGGCCCAGCCAGGUUUUCGACCCGCGGCGCUCCGCGAGCAUGUUUGCGGUGGGCUGCAGCAUGGGUCCCUUCCUGCACUACUGGUACUUGUCGCUGGACCGUCUAUUCCCUGCGUCUGGCCUCCGAGGCUUCCCAAAUGUCCUCAAGAAGGUCCUCGUGGAUCAGCUGGUAGCCUCUCCCUUGCUGGGCGUCUGGUACUUCUUGGGCCUUGGCUGCCUGGAGGGUCAGACAGUGGGUGAGAGCUGCCAGGAGCUGCGGGAGAAGUUCUGGGAAUUCUACAAGGCAGACUGGUGCGUGUGGCCUGCUGCACAGUUCGUGAACUUCCUCUUCGUGCCCCCCCAAUUUCGAGUCACCUACAUCAACGGCCUGACGCUGGGCUGGGACACGUACCUGUCGUACUUGAAGUACCGGAGCCCAGUUCCUCUGACACCCCCAGGCUGUGUGGCCCUGGACACCCGAGCAGACUGAACUGUCCACCUCCGGGACCAGAUGCAAGACUGACUCCUGGCAGACCACCCCCUCUACCAGAAGGGGAAUGGGCUCCUGCAGCGAGCUCGGGUCCGGGACCACGUCCCAGCGCCACUCCAGCUCCCGGGCAUUGGGCUGAGCCACCCUUUCCAAGCUCACUUCUGGGACUCAGUUUCCCCAACUGGAACACACCGUGAAGAUGGAUGAUCAUCCCCUAGCCCUUCUCAGCAGGAACCUCAUACGACCUGUGACCAAGAUGCCCCACUUGGGACUCAGCAAGGGGCUCACCCUGCCAACCAGUCCCAAGCCCCAACCCCUCAACACUGCCAUCCACCUGGCUCUGGGCCAAGCCACCAAUCCAGAGCUCCCUCAGGUCCUGGGACUAAGGCGGGGAUGUGGCCGAUCCCCUCAGAGCAGGCUCAGGCCUGGAGUCGGCCCCCAAAAGUUUCAGGCAGGGCCAGGCAGCCUCUGUGUGUCCUUCCCUGGUCGUGAAGUGUGGAAAUGCCAUUAAAUUAUCUCUGUAAUGUCAUUGAAACUGCUGGCUGGGCACAGUGGCUCACACCUGUAAUCUCAGCCCUUCGUGAGGCUGAGGUGGAAGGAUUGCUUGAGGCCAGGUGUUGGAGACCAGCCUGGGCAACAUAGCAAGACCCUGUCUCUAUUUAUAUUGAAAAAUAAAAAUAACAAAAGAAAAUGCUGUGGAUGAUCAAAACCAGGGUGGGCAGGGCCCGGUGCUCACAGGAACACACGUGGUCCAUUCGCUUUAUUGGGUGUGUGUAGUGUUGUCUUGACAUCUCCUAAGGAACUAGGGGGCACGUUUGACACUCAUGAGGUCAGAACAGGUCUGGCGGGUAGGAGGGGGGGUCCCAGGGUGGUGAAUACCCACAGCACAC